UAAAUUAAUUAAUAAAAGAAUCUGCCUGGGCGCCACCUUGCCUUUUAUGGGAGCUUUGGGUGGAGGUCGUUUCGGCUGGUUCUACUGGUGUUAAUUGAUCAUCGCUGCUUUGUGGAAAAGUCAAGAGGAAACGUGUGCAGCUCUCUCUCUUCUUCUCUGACAAGAGCAGCCUCCUUCAUUAAUUGUGUUAAUACUUUUCUUCACUAGCUUCUCUAUCAACCUGCAACAAACAAGAAAUCAUGUGCUGCGGAGACGAUUGUAGGCCGCUGGGCUUUCUCUUGGGCCUUCCCUUUGCCUUUCUCUCCCUCCUCAUCUCAAUCGUCGGCAUCGUCAUUUGGAUCGUUGGGUUGUUGUUGACUUGCAUAUGUCCAUGUUGUUUGUGCGUUACAGUAAUAGUGGAACUUGCUCUUGAGUUGGUCAAAGCUCCUAUUCAUGUAAUGGGAUGGUUCACUUCGCAAAUCCCCUGUUAAUUUCAUUCUUGCGUUGUGUUCGUCUUGUUCCCCUGGUUUUUGGUUGUGUAUAAAGAUAUGUUCUUUUUUUCCUCUUUAUGCUUUGAUAAUAUUGAGGUAUUAUUCUUGAGUCUUGAUCUACCUUUGCAGACAUGGAUGGUACUCUGUUUGAUUUUUGUUGAUGUGAAUUAUUAUCACUUUUCUUUUUCAUGUUCAUCAAGAUAAUAUUCAGAUUUCACUAAAUUGAAGUUCAUUUGGACAAA